AUUUAAUCAAAAACCCCUUACGUAAUAAAGGUAAACAACAACAUAAGUGACAUUACUAUCAUAAAUAAAAAUAACUGGUUUAUCAAUCCAUUUUAAUCUAGUGUAUAUAUAUAGCUAAUAGAAUUUUUCCGUCAAAGCGACAAAAAUGAAGUACGUACAAACAAUACUUUGUGCCUCUUUCAUAACUAUCAGCUUUGGUGCCAAAUUGCCUUCUGGUUUUAAAAAAUGUAACUUAAAGCAAAUCUCUUCUAACAUGUGUUUACCGCAAGCUAUUGAAGGUGCAAUAAAGCAGAUUGAUCGUCCUAUAAAAAAAUUGGGUUUAGUGAGCCUAGAACCUUUGGUAAUACCAUCCAUGAUUAUAAAUGCUGGUUCUCAAGUUAUGCAUGGUCAGCAAAUUUUUAAAAACCUAAAACUGUCAGGUUUUAAUGAAACUACUUGUGUCAAAGCCGAAUUCAAUUAUAAAACGAAAUCGUUAAACCUAGAGUGCGUCGUGCCACGUUUUCGCAUGGAAUUUAAUUAUGAACUACAUGGGAAAAUUUUGAGGAUGUCGGUUUACGGAAACGGAACGGGAUGGACGGUUUUCGUCGAUAAUCACGUCGAGCUUAAUUUCCAGUUUGGAGAAUACGAAAAGCAGGGUAAAAAUUAUUUUAAUAUCGUCCAUCAACAACUGAAGAUGCGAUUCAAAGGGAUUGAUUUUCGAUUGGAUAAUUUGUUUGAAGGUGAUGAAGAAAUGAGCGAUCGUCUUCAGAAUGCAGUCAGAGAAAAUGUCGUAGAUUAUUUUGACGACGUUAAACCGGGUUAUGAAGAAGCCUUUGGGAAGGUAUUUGCUCAUAUUUUUGAACAGAUUUUGGAGAAAGUGCCUGUUUACGAUAUUUUUGGUUAAAUUUAUAUAAUGGGUAAAAAUAAAAUAAAAAUGUAACGUUAAGAGUAA